GACAUCAGAGCGAGAAGAUGAAGGAGCGCUCUCAACAAGACAGCUCGUGGAGGGCUUCCUUCAUUUUCAUGGUCUCCAUGCAACUCUACGCAGCUUGCAAGAGGAGAUACCCUUGAUGCAGGAGAAUGCGUUGCUGCUGGAGGAGAACGGUCCGGCCUGGAGAGAGCGAGUGAUGGGGAAGAUGCUGCAGGACUUCGAUGAUGGAGGGUUCAACCGCUUCUGGAACUUCUGGGAGAAGUGCAUCCCACAGCAACUCGUCAAGUCACACAUUUCUUCUCGCAAGCUUGAACUAGAUCUGCACGUUCACUUCGCAGCUCAACACCUCCAAGCGCAGAAAGCAAGGAGAAGUAGUUUCCAUGCUGGGAGCCAAGACCCGUUAUCGGCCCUGCAGCUGUACGUGGAGGGAAGAGGGCGAGACACUCUCGCGGAGCUCAACUAUGCGCAUGUCUGCGCUCUUCCUGUGCUGAAGGCGCCAUGGCAGUCGC